AUGUUUUGGAUCUUUGGGCUUCAUCUUCUUGUUAUUUUUUUAUCCACAAAUCUACAGGCGCAAUGCGAAGUGUUUGAGGUUCGAAGUCAUGCCUCUUGCAUGACCGGCACUCCAGGCGAUCUACUUCUUCAAGAACAUCAACGAUUGGGCCUAGCGGAAGCCGAUAAUGGGACACCUGAUUCAGAAAAUAGAGAAAUACUGGCGACAAUCUACAUCGAUAUAUGGUUCCACAUUAUUAGUAGUGAGGCGGCGGCUAAAUUGGUCUCAGAUGAAAUGGUCCUUGCCCAGCUCUCAGCACUACAAAAUGCAUACAAAAGCGCAUCAAUAUCAUAUCGGCUACAGGGUGUCACCCGCAGCAUCAAUGACACAUGGGCCCGCAACGGGAAUGACCUGGAUAUGAAAGAAAACCUUCGCAAAGGAGGCUACAGUACCCUCAAUAUCUACUUCCAGACGGAUCUUCAAGCAAGUCAUGGCGGAAAUGGAAGGCUCGUUCCUUACGACUUUGACCGACAAAGUGACCUUUCGACCGGGUUGACCUCGCUUGUCUUAGGGUUUUGCACGAUGCCGGACCCCAAGAUAAAUGCAAGCAGCCCGCGUCGUGAUUAUGUCAAGGAUGGGUGUAAUGUGCUUGCUAGAACAAUGCCAGGUGGUCCUUUGACAGGUUACAAUCAUGGUGGCACUGCAAUACAUGAAGUUGGACACUGGAAUGGGUUAUUACAUACAUUUCAAGGAGAGUCAUGUUCUCCUGAUAAUGAUGGUGAUUAUAUCACAGAUACUCCACAGGAGGCUGUACCAACACAAGGAUGUCCUUCAGAGAAGAAUUCAUGCCCGAGCUGCCCUGGUGUAGAUGCCAUUCAUAAUUUCAUGGAUUAUUCUUCAGAUGAGUGUUAUGAGAGCUUUACGCCGGGGCAGACAAGGAGGAUGAGAGGUAUGUGGUCAGCUACCAGGGAAGGCAAAUAA